AUGACUGAUACUGCUAAUUCAACUACUCUUAAUGCAUCACAAAAUGCAUCAGCUAACAACGCUGCUAAUACAAAAGGCAAGAAAACAAAAUCAAAUGCUGGAGCUGCAAGCAAAACCAAAAAAACAUCAUCAAAAGCUACAAGCAGUCAUCCAAAAUUUUCGGCAAUGAUUAAGAAAGCAAUAACCGAAUUAAAAGAUCGCAAUGGUAGUUCAAAAGUAGCUAUCUUAAAGUAUGUCUUAGCUAACUUUAAAGUCAAUCCAACAACAGCUAAUCAACAUCUUAAAGCAGCUUUACGCGCUGGUACAAAAAAUCAAACAUUAAAACAAACCAAAGGUAUUGGUGCAAGUGGAAGCUUUAAAUUAGCUGUAGCAGCCAAAAAGACAGCAGCAAAAGUUGCAAAGAAGAAAACAGCUAAAAAAUCAACUUCAACAAAACCACGUAGCCGAUCGAAAACACCAGCCGGAGCCAAGAAAUCUGGUGAUGCCAAAGCCAAAAAGCCACGAUCACCAAGCAAAGCUAAAUCAACUGAUGGUGCCAAGAAACGAAAAAGCUCAGCUUCGCCAACUAAGAAACCAGCAGCAAAGAAAGUAGCUGCUGCUCCAGCUGUUGCUAGUGCAGCAACUCCUGCUGUUGUUGCAACAAAGAAGGUUGAAAAAGUUGCCAAAAAGGCCAAAACAGCUGGUACAGUUAAACCUAAAGCAAAAGCACCAGCCAAAGCAAAAGCUGCAGGUAGUGCUAAAGCUAAAAGUCCAAAGAAGAAAGCAGCACCAAAAAAGAAAGCUGCAAGCAAACCCAAAGCAAAAGCUGCUUCACCAAAAAAAUCCGUUAAAUCAGCAACCGCAACGCCCGCUGCAACUGCAACGCCCGCAGCUGCUGCUACAGCUACAGCUACAAAUACAUCUACCGUUACCGUAGCAAAACCAGCAAAAGCUGCACGUAAAACUACAACAAAAAAAGCGAAAAGUCCAAAAAAAGUCACCGCAAGCAAGAAAUAA